AUGCAUGCAGCCCGCGGCACCAAUCAUACUUAUGAAAAGAAGACGAAUCUCGCAUGGUACCGGAGGUACCGCGAAGCCUUCUCGCGUCUGGAUCACGAGACUGGACUACCUGUCCAGCCGAGUGGCUUCGAAAGCCCCAUCCAACGGCAUAAUGACCAUUGUUCCCCAAGGUACAAAGGGCGCUUCAUUGUGCACAGCAAAAGCAGUACAUGGGUCGAAAACACAAGCCUUAAAACAUCUCCGAAAUAA